AUGGGUUGCGCAAAGCAGCAACUCGAACACAACAAUGCCGCAGGUUUUAUCAUGACACAGUGGUUGUUGGUGGUGUUGUUAUUAUGUUUUUCAAACCCAGUUGUAAAAGGGGAACAACACAAAAAUGCAUAUGCUACUAUGAUGUACGUGGGUACACCGAGAGACUAUGAAUUCUACAUCGCAAUACGAGUUCUUUUCAAAUCACUCGCUCUUCUCAAUGUUGAAGCUGAUCUUGUUGUUAUUGCGUCUCUUGAUGUUCCUCUUCGAUGGGUUCGAGCUCUUGAAAAAGAAGAUGGUGUGAAAGUGGUAAGAGUGGAAAAUAUGGAUAAUCCUUACAAGCAUCAAGAUAAUUUUGACAAAAGGUUCAAAUUAUCUUUGAAUAAGCUCUAUGCGUGGAGCUUAGUGGAUUAUGACAGGGUAGUCAUGUUGGAUGCUGACAACCUCUUCAUACAAAAGACUGACGAAUUGUUUCAAUGUGGCCAGUUUUGUGCUGUCUUUAUCAAUCCUUGUGUUUUUCAUACUGGUCUCUUUGUCUUGCAGCCAUCAACGACAGUGUUCAAUGACAUGGUUCGUGAACUACAAAAUGGGAGAGAAAAUCCAGAUGGUGCAGAUCAGGGUUUCAUAGCUAGCUACUUCCCGGAGUUGCUUGAUAAGCCAUUGUUUCAUCCACCUCCAAAUGGCACCAAACUUGAUGGAACAUAUAGACUUCCUUUAGGCUAUCAAAUGGAUGCUUCUUAUUACUAUCUCAAACUUCAUUGGAGCGUCCCUUGUGGACCAAAUAGCGUGAUUACAUUCCCGGGGGCACCGUGGUUGAAGCCAUGGUAUUGGUGGGCGUGGCCUGUUCUGCCAUUAGGCCUCCAGUGGCAUGAAAAGCGUCGUCAAACUCUGGGAUAUGGGACAGAGAUGGCUGUGAUAUUCAUUCAAUCUGCGAUAUAUCUUGGAAUAAUAGCAAUGACGCGUUUAGCAAGGCCAAGCCUCUCAAAACUAUGCUACCGUCGCUCCGAUAAGAGCAUCACAUUGGUGCAAAACAUCCUCAAAUUAGUAGCAGUAUGGAGUAUUCUUGCCGCUUAUGUGACACCCUUCUUCACCAUUCCUCCAACAAUUCACCCUAUGCUAGGCUGGCCCUUGUAUUUUCUCGGCACUUUGGCUCUAUGCUUGGUUGCAAUCAACGCAUUUCUUCUUCCAAUGUUACCAGUUCUGAUGCCGUGGUUCGGUAUUAUUGGAGUUCUAAUUGUCAUGGCAUUUCCUUGGUAUUCAGAUGGAGUAGUAAGAGCUUUAUGUGUGUUCGGUUAUGCAUUCUGUGUGGCGCCAGUUUUGUGGACAUCGAUAACAAGGAUAAUGGCUGGACUUCAGGUUUCUUUAGAAAGGGAAGGUUUUAUGCCUAGAUUAGGUGAAUCACCACCACCUUCUUGGUUUAACAAGUUAUAUUGA